UUGACGAGCGGCGUGCAUUGUUUUACAGUUACAUAAUCCGCUCCAUGCAUGAAAACGCUGGAUGUGUAAAAGUAGGUCUUGUUAUUCUCGGACCGCCUCGAACAGUGUCCCGCGGCGUGAUACUGGCGCUCGGCGGAGGGUGCGACGGCUCCGCGACUCACUGACGCCAGCGGACCGAAGACGAGCAGCUGUAUGAAAGCGCAGAGGAGGCGAGCCUUGAAACAGCGCGUAAGGUGGCAUUAGAGAGAACCCGAUCUGAAACCUAAGGACCUGAGGAUUAAUAGACAACUCCAGACAGCCAAACAACAUUUUAGCCUUACCCUUUUUGAAACUGGACUACAGCCCCCUCCCCUUAAACGCCCGCACCUCCUUAAGUGUUUUCUCCUUUGAAGACCUGUCAGAGAAACAGGACAGGAGAAGAGGGAGGCAAGUCCAACAUGAACGUCACCUCACUCUUCUCCUUUACCAGCCCGGCUGUCAAACGGCUCCUCGGUUGGAAGCAGGGUGAUGAGGAGGAGAAAUGGGCAGAAAAGGCCGUCGAUGCUCUAGUUAAGAAAUUGAAAAAGAAGAAGGGUGCGAUGGAAGAACUGGAAAGGGCUCUCAGCUGCCCGGGCCAACCCAGUAACUGUGUGACCAUCCCUCGCUCACUGGACGGACGGCUGCAGGUGUCCCACAGGAAGGGCCUCCCUCAUGUCAUCUACUGCCGGGUGUGGCGCUGGCCUGACCUGCAGUCCCACCAUGAGCUGAAGGCCCUGGAGUGUUGUGAAUACCCAUUUGGCUCCAAGCAGAAGGAUGUGUGCAUCAACCCCUACCACUACAAGAGAGUGGACAGCCCAGUGCUGCCUCCGGUGCUUGUUCCCAGGAAUAGUGAGUUCAAUGCCAAGCACACAAUGUUGCCACGCUUUCGCAACCCACUGCAACAGAAUGAGCCACACAUGCCCCAGAACGCCACGUUCCCAGAAUCCUUUCCGCAGGCCAACACAAUGCCCUUCCCCCAUUCACCGGGCAACAGCUACCCAAACUCUCCUGGAAGCGGCAGCAGUGCCACCUUCCCUCAUUCACCAACCAGCUCUGACCCCGGCAGUCCGUUCCAGAUGCCAGAAACCCCCCCUCCAGCCUACAUGCCCCCUGAGGAGCAAAUGACUCAGGAUUGCCCCCAGCCAAUGGACACCAACCUGAUGGCCCCACCCCUCCCCAUAGAGAGUAACAACAGGCCAGAUGUGCAGCCUGUUGCCUAUGAGGAACCCAAGCACUGGUGCUCCAUUGUUUAUUACGAGCUCAACAACCGAGUGGGAGAGGCAUUCCAGGCCUCCUCCACCAGCGUCCUUGUUGAUGGUUUCACAGACCCCUCCAACAACCGCAACAGAUUCUGCCUUGGCCUGCUCUCUAACGUUAACCGCAACUCGACCAUCGAGAACACACGGCGGCACAUUGGCAAAGGUGUUCAUCUCUACUAUGUGGGUGGGGAGGUGUAUGCAGAGUGCCUAAGUGACAGCAGUAUCUUUGUCCAGAGCCGCAACUGCAACUACCACCAUGGGUUCCACCCCACAACAGUGUGUAAGAUCCCCAGCGGCUGCAGCCUGAAGAUUUUUAACAACCAGGAAUUCGCCGAGCUGCUGGCGCAAUCUGUGAACCAUGGUUUUGAGGCUGUUUAUGAGCUCACCAAGAUGUGCACCAUUCGCAUGAGCUUUGUCAAGGGCUGGGGUGCAGAGUACCACCGCCAGGAUGUGACCAGCACACCCUGUUGGAUUGAAAUUCAUCUGCACGGUCCCCUGCAGUGGUUGGACAAGGUGCUCACCCAAAUGGGCUCCCCCCACAACCCCAUCUCCUCGGUGUCCUAAACUAAACUGACCUCAGCCCCGUAGCUGUCCAUACCCUAGCAUUUCGGUUCAAGUAGUGAAAGUAGGAAUUAGCGCAUUUGAGAUUUUUGUCUGUUACAGUGGCGGACCGUGCUUUUUUUGGGCCUGGACCUUCACUAGGUACCACCGUUAAACAACCUCUCUACAAAAUCACAAACAAAACACCGUAGACAACAGAAAAAAACCCCCAAUAUCAUACUCAUUUGCAUGUAUGAUCUGUGACGUGAUCACAUCUUAUUUGCCAGUGCAGUCAAAGCCAUUUGAUCACAAUCGUAAGGCAAUAAACGCAUAAGCAAUGCAUAACACCUUCUUAACAAAUUCAUCUUCCAAACACAAAUACAAGAGCCAUUGUGUGUGUGCCAACAGUAUGCAACCAAAAUAAAGAACAUUUCUCGGGAUUAGCAUCGACAUCAACUGUUUAUGCAACAAUGUAGUAAAACCAGCAAUAAAAAGUUUCUCUCACCACCGCUGAUCUUCUGAAGAUGAAGUCCAGCCCAAUUGCUAGCUUGAAACAUAAGUUGCCCCCCCCUUUCUUUUCUCCCCAAUUGUACUUGGCCAGUUGCCCUACUCUUCUGAGCUGCCCCAGUCUCUGUUCCACCCCCUCUGCCGAUCCGGAGAGGGCCGCAGACUACCACACGUCUCCUCCGAUACAUGUGGAGUCGCCAGCCACUUCUUUUCACCUGACAGUGAGGAGUUUUGCCAGGGGGAGGUGGCGCGUGGGAGGAUUACGUUAUUCCCCCCUAGUUCCCCCUUCCCCCCUGAACAGGCGCCCCGACCAACCAGAGGAGGCGCUAGUGCAGCGACCAGGACAUGUACCCACAUCCGGCUUCCCACCCGCAGACACGGCCAAUUGUGUCUGUAGGGACGCCCGAGCAAGCCAGAGGUAACACGGGGAUUCGAACCGGCGAUCCCCGUGUUGGUAGGCAACUGAAUAGACCGCCACGCUACCUGGACGCCCCCCCAUAACUUGCUUUUGCAGGUUGUUUAAGAUUCAGUUGAUACGUUUCUUUCUUUUGUUUCUGUCCAGCUUUUUGUUCAAUGUCCAUUUUGGAAAAAGGUGAGUAUAAUAAAUCUGCGAUGGUGACAGGCUCUUCACCCGUUUCCAUUUUCACUCUUUCGACUUCACUGUGCUUCUAUCCAGUUAGCUAUACACCUAACGGCCUCAUAGCUUGUCUCAUGCUAUAUUCACUGUGUACCCUGUUAACUUAGUAAGGCCUGCUAGAAUACCUUGGAACAUCUGAAGAAUACUCUCAUGGGCUUCAAAGUUGUACCGGUUAAUCAAAUUGUCAAUCCAAAAAUAUGACAUUCGUUUAACGAACGGAUGUAUUCAAAUCAGGCCCUGAAGGCCUUGAAGGGGGGGGGAUCUAGAUAUUCCCUUCAGAGACAUCGGAGAACAAUGUUUUGAUUGGUUUUUCCUUCUCCAACUAUAUAAAACAACGUGCAUGCACAGCGUACCACAGAAAAACAAGAUGAUCAAACGCACAAUAUCAUCUAUUGACAAAACACAGGCAAACAGAACUGUUGGAUCAGACAAACAGUCUUUCCAUCUCAAAAAAAAAAAAAUUACAGGGUUUUCUGUGAAGGUCUUGAAGGCCCAGACGGUUUGCCACUGGUGUGUUUCUGCCAAACUCCCUUUUUCAAUGUGGCCGGCUUAGGUUUUGACUGAAACACACAGUGAUGAAGGUCCACUAGGGGUGGGUGGGUUGUUGAGUGGGUUUGUUUGUUCUCUACUUGAAGGACGUCUGAAUUGGGCACAUUUGCAGACUGGGAGAUGGGUUAGCAAAUCGAGCGUGACGCAACUGGAAGAUACUUGAUCUUUGUGACCAACUGUAAUAAUCAGACCCUCGCUCUCUCACCGUGACGCGAGUAUCCUCCUCCGCCUUGCUCCUGGAGUCUUUUUUCGUUGUCGUACUAUAUCGGUUCUCAUGGCUACGUUGCAUCUCAGUAUUCCGUAGGAAAUCCAGAUCACACGAACGUAUUCACGGGAGGAUGGUCUGGGUUGCCUAAAAUUGCGGUCAGCUCUUCGAGCCGACUCCGCCUGACGUCUGCUGCAUGACUGCGAGGAAGAUGACGUGAAAUGUACUUCUGACAUGUACAGAAUUUACCACAGGCUUGGACGAUGAACAAUACGGCAGAGAAGAAAUAAAAUAAACGCGGGAAUAUUCCCGUCAAUUAUGCUUAAAAGAGAUAACGGGUCACUAAGACAAGUGUGCAUAAAUGUCUCCAAGCCGGGUUUUUUUUUUUGUUGGUAAUAUUUGGUGGAAAAUUGAGGCAAAAUUUCUAAAAUCUCGGAAAAAAAUAUGUGGGCAAAACCGGAGAGACUUUGGGGAUUUAGGAUUAAGGUUUAGUGUGUGGGGGGGCAUGGCACUACAAGGACACACGAGAAAGAGACUCGCGUUUAAAUAUUGUUCAUCUUGUGUUACACCCGUGUUUAACUGAAUUUAAGAAGAAAAAAAAAAGAUUAGUGUUUAGAUAUAUUCACCGUUAGAGUACGUGCUGUGCAGUCUGGUUUUGCCGAGCGUAGUUUGGUUAGUGUAGCAUCACACAUUUAUGGUUGGUAAAUGACGUUGAAAAGAAGCAGUACGAGUGCAGUUCAGUUUGUUCGGUGCUGCGUACACUACAAGGAAAUGAACGUGUCGAGUACAGACGGUCACAGCGAGGACACGGCGGUUUCAGCGGCCUCGUCUCACUCUCGCAUCACAUCGACUCUGCAAAACUUGCUAAAAGACUAUUAGGGGGGGGGAAACUGUGUUUGUGUUUGUUCCGGGGGUAUACACACAAUUUUAAAUUGUGGACUGAAUAAAUUGAGUUAUCAGUUACUGAUGGUCCUAAGUAGUUUCUUCUUUUUUUCUUUUCUUUUUUUUUUUUUUAUAAAACACAGAUUUUUGCUUUUCAAUUCUUGCUUAGAGCAAUCAUAUUUGCUAUGAAACUGAAUUUGUACUCUUUUUGUAUUUGAAAACCUGUUUUCUGUUGUUCCAUUUGUGUGCACUUUCAGAGAUUGCCUCUUUGUUUUUGUUUUACUUUUGUUCUGUUUUUGGCUCAGUAGAACUCCCAGAAAAGCAGUUUUAUUCCAUGAAUAUCAAGUCUCUACUGGAAGAUUCAAUAAAUUUG